UACAUUUGAGUAUCUGGCAGUACUGUGUGAGAUUGUUGAACUUAAAAUGCCGGAGCGCAAGUGUCCUUUUGAAUUGAUCCUGGCUGAAAGCGAGGCAAAAUUAAUUCAAAACUUAAGCGACCUUGUUAAACGGUGCUCUACGCAGGCCUUACUUAACAAGAAAUCAUUUACCAUUGGCUUGUCAGGUGGCUCUUUAGUGCAGUUGUUGACCAAAUCUUUAGUUGACCAACCCCUGGAUACAUCACGAUGGAUGUUUUUCUUUUGCGAUGAGCGUUAUGUGGCCCACGAUCACAGUGAUUCCACGUACUGGGCAUACAAGACUGAAUUGCUAAGCAAAUUGCCGAGCAUACAAGAGUCACAAUUCAUCAAGGCCGACACUACCAAGCCGCUGGACCAGUGUGCUCUGAAUUACGAAGAGCAGGUGAAAUCCAAAUUGGGUUUGCAUGGAGACACUUUGCCACAAUUUGAUUUGCUUUUACUGGGCAUGGGACCCGACGGACACACCUGCUCUCUGUUUCCCGAGCAACCCGAAUCGUUGGCCGAAAGUUCACGUCUGGUUAUUCCCAUACGUAACUCACCCAAGCCGCCACCUGAGAGAAUUACGUUCACUUUGCCGCUGAUCAAUAAUGCUAGGGAUGUGGCAUUUGUUGUUACAGGUGCCAGCAAGGCGAAUGUGGUCAAGAAAGUGUUUGUUGACAUCGACAAGCAAUAUCCAUCGGCUUGGAUAGAACCUAUUAAUGGGAAACUUACUUUAAUAACAGACGCAGGAGCUGGCCAAGAACUCAAAUUGUAAUAUUAAUUGUUGUGUUAAUAAUUAAAAUAAUAAGAAAACUUACAAUGAUGCUA